AUGCGAAUUGCGAACUCACAAGCGUUGAUUGCGCAAUUUGCAUGGAUGUUGACCAGUACGAAUGAGCCCGUCGAUGAAGAUCCCGGCUUUGGAUCCCAAGAGGAUUGCACGGUGGUGUGGACGGAGACAGUCAAUGAGGGACACACAGAAGCCGGGAGCGAGGAUCCCCGGCCUUCUAAUCCGGUAUUUUGCCCUGGGGCACGUGCUCGACGUACUAGUCGGUUGGCCAUUCUGCCUUCACAUCACAAUCCACUUAACUUGAUUUCGGAGCCAUUGGACAAGAAAAUUGUGGGUGUCAAAACUGACCGUAUCCGGGAUGGACAGGAAAAGACCUCAAGAGCAUCUGUCAGCCUCGUUUCGCUCCGGUUACAAGUGCGUCGAGCCCCAAAAGACGAGGCCAGUAGACAAGCCACGGCGGAUUCAAAACUCAAACAUGCAGACGCCCGAAAAGCUUCUCUUGACGACCAUGACCCGCCCGUUGAGGAGCUUGUUGGGCAAGCGGCUACUAACAUCGAUGGCCAUGUAGUAGAGGAGCGAACCCUAUCCAUGUGUGUAUUCGCUGUCGGUAAAGGCCAGAGUAGAAACCCGUCCAGCAAGCCCGAUACCACUAAAGAACACUGGGAGGCCAAAAAGGUCAGAGGGUCACGGACCACCGAAGUGUUGGUAUAUCGAUCCGACCUCUCGUCAAGAGGGUGGAUUCCAUACAUACAAGAUAUCUGGUUCUACGAGCCAAAGCGCAUUAAAUGGAAGUCAAAUUGGAAAGAUGACUCCAACGCUGCAGCGGCGCCAGCAUCUACGAAGCAUAUCGCGGAGAUGCCUGCUCAGCACGCUAGUGACUUUAAAGAUAUGGCGGACAGUCAUUCGGACUGA